CUGAUAAAAUGGACAAUGAGCGUAGAAACAAGGAGGUGGUCAUAAUGUUAUGCCUGAUCAGUGUAUAUAUAAGGGGUUGCACCACACAGAUGAGAUCAUGCCAAGUGUUCUCCUUUUAUUAGUGAUCUUGCUGUUUUUUUAAGUGACUAAGGAUCAGGGAUACUCAAAAAUGAUCUGGGAUUGACCUGUCAUGCCUGAAAUGGCUCAUAUCUCCUGCCUUUAUUUUGUCUCUAUAUGUUUUCUUGCCAGUAUGUUGGGUGCAAGUUAGAUGCGUGUGACUGAAUUCACGAUGCCAGCUACCUACAGCGUCUUUACUGAAGGAAAUGUCGUUGUUUGUCUGAUUACUGAUCCAGUUUCAUAUUUUUUUUCAGCAAUUCUUCCCAUCUGCCUGAUACGUUUUGGUGAAAUAUGUUCAUUGCGGCCACUUUUAUAUCUAGCUGAUGUCAUAGUGAGUCACCAGCACUUUGGAGAGUACACCCAGGAUAAUGAUAUUUCACUGGAAAAAAAUACAGCCAUGUAUAAGAUGCCUAUUUAAUGUCUUCUUUACCUCGGUUAUGCAUUUUUCUGUUCAAGUGCAUUUGGAAAGUCCAUGGUCGUCGUGUUUGUGGGUGAACAGUUCUGUGGGGGGAGGGCCGCACUUGUAACGCGGCUGCACUUGAGUUGUAAAUACCUUUUGAAUUGUUCUGAGGAACAUUUUUAGCUGCAUUCCCAAAGUGUAACGUUAAAUGAAGAAACGACAUAUCUUAUAUGUGAUUAAAAGAAGAUUCUGCAACACUGCAUGUUGUUUUCUGUUCGAUAACCUGCAAUACGGAAAGAAACGCCUUUCUGUUUUUUGGGCUACGGCGCUUACCGUCUCUGAGGGGGCGGGGCUUAGUUUGUAGUUUUUCGUACUGUAAACAAUAUGCCGGACUCGGGUGCUGAUAAAAAGGAGAAAGACGAGCAACAGCAGUCGUUAAAUAUCGUUACAGUGGUGUCAAAGUUUGCGGACGAGAACCUGACUCUAGUACGGAACAUCAGCACAGGGCUGGCAGUGGCUGGAGUACUUAUCAUAGCAAGAAGCAUCAGACUGAUCACUAAAUUCAGCUCUCCGUCUGAAAUCCCAGCCCGCUUCAUCGAGAGAAGCAUCAGUAUCAGAGGCAGAGUGAGGAGCGUAACAGAAAAGGGCCUUGAAGUGGAACACAUCCCAAUUUAUGUCCCCUUGGUGUCUCCCCUGCUGACUAAACGUCAGCCUGUGGCCCCCCUGGAUGUGCGUCUGGCCGGGGUGGAGCUGACCCCGCAGGGCUGGGACUGGCUCUCCGAGCGGCUCAGGCCGCCCCAGACGGUGUGGCUCCGGCUCAUCAGCCGUCAGGACCAGAGCCUGCACUGCCUGGUGUCGGUCAGCAGGGGUUCCCUGUUUAACACAUGUGUGAAUGAGGAGGUCCUGCGCUUAGGUCUGGGCAGGACCGCCCCUCUCCAAGGCCUGGACCCUCACUCUCGACUCUACUUGAAGCUCCACAGACGGCUGCUGAAGUCCGAGCUGAAGGCCGAGAGGAAGGGGGAAGGCCUUUGGAAAGAGGAGAGUCUGAGAGAGCGGCUCACUCGGGCCCUCAGCAACAACAUGGUGGUUAAAACCGUGAAGAGAGUGUUGAAAUGGAUGUCAGGGGUGAAGGAUCGGUGAAGCUGCCCUGGCCACCUGGGACAUCAGUGUUGGAUGAACUCCUUGUUUAUUUUUGUAUUUUAUGAUAAAUAUUUUGGUUGGUGGUUAGGCCAAUUGGAAAUGCUGAAUUGCCCCUAGGUGUGAA